AUGACAAGCACAGACACUACUAUCGAAACUCUCUCAGGGCUACGUACAGCUCGAAAGGUUAUGGAGUAUAACUCGUCAGUUGAAGACUUUCGAGAUGAGGAAUAUCCGAAUAUGGCCCAAGGGGCUUAUCUUGAUCACGGAGGAACCACCAUAUAUGCGAGGUCUCUUAUAACCGGCUUUUCACAGGCUAUGACAGGCAACCUUUGGGGUAACCCGCACUCUGAAAACCUCCCUGCGAAAUUGUCGGGCAAGAUGGUGGACAGCAUCCGUGCAAAGACACUCGAUUUUCUAGGCGCUGACCCAGAGCACUUCGAUCUCGUCUUUGUUGCCAACGCUACAGCAGCUAUAAGGCUUGUUGCCGACGCAUUUCGCGACCUGGGAGAAAAGACGCCGACCAAAGGCUUCUGGUACGGAUGCCAUGGAGAAGCGCACACGAGUCUCAUUGGAAUCCGGGCGCUCGCAGAAGGAGACUAUCGUUGCUUUGACGACGACGAAAGUGUUGAGGAAUGGUUAUCUCGACCUUUUAGCUGCCAGACCCAAAAAGGAAAACCACCGAGUCUGGGCUUGUUCGCAUAUCCGGGUCAGUCGAAUCUUAGUGGACGACGCUUGCCCAAGACUUGGCCGAGAAGGAUUCGUAAACACCCUCAACUCAGAAACACCUAUACCCUUUUUGAUGCAGCAGCUUUGGCUAUGACAAGUUCCUUGAGUUCCUUAUUCGAAGACCCUUUAGGUGCGCCGGAUUUUACUUGUCUCUCGCUUUACAAGAUUUUUGGAUUUCCUGACUUGGGAGCUCUGGUUGUAAGACGAGCCUCAGGACAUGUAUUGUGUCUACGGAGGUAUUUCGGCGGGGGUACGGUGGCUCAGUUGUCACCAUUGAAGGACACUCGUGUUAUGAAAAAGGUGCCUGGUCUGGGGAACAGAUACAUGUCGUGGGAUAUUCAUGAAGGGCUUGAGGACGGCACAUUGCCGUUUCACAGUAUAUUGGCGCUUGGUAUCGCGAUUGAUACGCAUCUCAGACUGUACGGCUCCAUGGAUAUCAUAUCUCGCCACUGCUGCCACCUCGCUCGCUCGUUAUAUGAACGGCUAACAGAUCUUAAACAUCGAAACGGUUCACAAGUAAUCGAACUAUACGCCGAUGACCCUGUCAGGUACGGCGAUCCUUCAGCACAAGGGCCGACUUUUGCUUUCAAUGUCAUGAGGGAGGACGGUUCAUACGUGCCUUGGACAGAGGUAGAAAGACUUGCCAAUAAAGCUGGAGUAUAUAUUCGAGCAGGGGGCGUUUGUUGUCCCGGCGGAGUUGCCCAGGCCUUGAAAUAUGAAGAGUGGGAAUGGGAUCGCAUCUUCUCAAGUGGCCAUGCCUGUGGCUCAACCGAGAUGGCCGUCGUACACAACAAACCGACUGGUAUCGUCCGUGCAAGUUUGGGCGCUAUGACGACCAAACGUGAUAUAGAGGCUUUCGUCUCGUUCCUACAAAACGACACUUAUGCUGCCACUUCAAUCGUGAAAAUGGCAAAGAAAAAGAGCAAGCAAGUUGCUGCUGCUUCUGGUAGUGAGGGGCAGAAUGCGACCCUCGACGAAGCUUCACCAACGCAAACACAACCUUCCACCACUGCGAGCUCAAAUUCAAGUACGAAUGAAGGUCAAAAAAAGAAGCCAAAAGCUUCCAGGGAAUUGCCCUCGACAGCUUCUUCGCAGACACUUAACAUUUGUCGAAACAAGCAUUGGCGGUACAUAUCCUCCUAUCAUGGACCUUGGCUACAAAUGCCCAUCGAGAUCCUCGAAACAAUCGCAAACAUCAAUUACAACACCCCACGACCUCGUCCUAUCGACCCGGCCGUCCUGUUCGACCUGCUCAAGAUCCGCCGUCUCGUUGACGAAGCCACAAACCUCGCUGUGAGAGCUGCUAGUGACAUUGCCUCACCCGUUUUGACCAACGUGCAUGGCGGUCUACCUGGUUCAUCGCCUAUGUCGAUGCUGGGCAUGAUAGGACCAGGCCAUGGGAUGAAAUUGAGCCACAAGCGCAAGUCGCAGAUGAGAGAGCAGGCGAGCCAGAAGCUUAGUCGUGCGUACCAUCUCGAUGAAAUAGCUUGUAGCGUUGCGACAAUGCAGGGCGCAUCAACAAUAGAGGAAAUUGGUGCUGUUGUCUUGCAACGUAACCCACAGGAUCUCGAUGCUAAAUAUGUGCAUUUCUUCCAUGAGAAGAUCCCCUCCCGUCAAAUGGCCGAGUCUACCAGCCUAGAGUCAUUGACAGAGAUUAUAUCUGAGAAGCCCAACGAGAGUGAGGCUCUGCGCACUCGCGCCGUCGUCAGAACCUUCAAAGAAGACUACGAAGGCGCUGCUCAUGACCUCACGGCCGCCCUUGCUGUGUGUCGAAUACAUCAACAGCCCCAUCGGCCAAACGAGGAAACCAAUUCGAAGCUGUCGCAUACAGGUAAGCGUUGGCGGCAGGAGGUUGUUCCAGCAGAAAAAGAUCAGCCGACUAGCUUAGAAAUCCAGCUGUGUUUCCUACGUGCAUCAGCGUACCUAUCGUGCGCCUGCCAACACAUUGAAGACGGCCUUUCUUCACCUCGAAAGCAGAAUGGCCAUGCAGAAUCAGAUCAGUCAGACGGAAAACCCAGUACAGAAUCCAACGGCCAGGAACCGGACGAAAACUCUCUUCGUAAACAAGCCGAGGCGCGAAAGCUUGUCAAAAAAUACGCAAAGUGGGCGCUCAGAGACUUGCUCGCCUUUCUGUCGCAUUUCGAGUACGCACCCAACCUGCCAAACCUAAUCGUCAAGGAUUUCAAUGAUCGGGUGAAUUUAUCCGCACAGGGUGCACGCAAUCCUCGACCAUCUGAAGCAACAUACCUCCUUGAACCAUACACCACAUACACCCUCGCCGAGCUCUUCGCCGCUGUCCCUCCCUCAGAUCUGCCCCCUUAUCCUAAUGAAGAUGUCACAAACCCCGACGAACAAACUCAGUCGUCAGAUAAACCGAAAGUGUGCGAAGGGUCGAGUUAUCACCCCCUUAUGACUGACGCUCUCCACUCACUUCUCCUUUGUCACUGUCUCAUCCAGACCUCAGCCAAAGAGCUCCAGCGCCACACUUAUAUGGCGGCACGCCUGAUACGCCUAGCUGAUGGGUACCCAAUCUUUCAAGCGUGUCGCUCUCCAGCACGGUCUGACUGGUUAGAAGUCCUCCGCCGUGCUGAUGACAGUUGGCUCCAGCUUAGCGCAUCAUGGGACACUCUCUGUACGCCCGCUCCACUUCCUUUCCACUACGAUCCCCUUCAACACGGUGCCACAAGUGCGAACACGGGCGCCUCUCGUAAAGAGGCUGCAGCCGCCGCCGCAUCUCUGAUCAAUGGUGGCUCCAGCACGGAGAAACCUGCGCCAAGCCCCGAGGAACUGCGCCGACAACGCCUGCGCGAGCGCGACCAGAGGGUUCGCGUGGCUCUCAGUGACCAGAGAGUUUGUGAUGAGGAUACGUUCCGCGCAUCUAUUGAGGCUCAGGAGAAGCGUGCAGAGCAGGAAGACCGUGCUGCCGCUGCCGCUGCCUCCCAGCCCAAUGGCGCAUCCAAUGCCGACGGACGCCCAAGGCGAUGGGUUGUCGACGACAGUGAAUUCUACCCCGUUUGUACCGCGAGGGCUACCAUGAUUGCGCAAUGGGUUUGCGAAGCACCCGUGGUCGCAAGCACUACAAGGCGCAAGAAGAGGACUAAGCGGCCCGAAGGCAAGACAGACACAUUGGCCGACUCUGCGAACAAGAUGAGCCUCAAAGACACUACAGCGACAAUAUCGUAA